AGUAUCAGCAAGUGAUGUGGGUUAGGUGAUACGACUUGGAUGGUGGUGGAAGAUGUUUACCCCAUGAGCGCGAGGAUCGUGAUGAGUGCAGUUGUCGGUGUUGAUUCCACGGUACGUGAGGACGGUACUUCAAGUUACUGCAAGGCUAUACAGCACGGCGCUUGCAAGCGGCAACGAAAGAAAAAAAGAGACUAUUAUUGUUCUAUACAUAGUAUGCACCAUUGGCCACUGUGUGCAGUGUCGUGCUGGCUGUACGCCGGUAAGCUGAUCGCAUAGGGCUGGGUGUGGUGCGGUUGGAUUGGAUCGUUUGAUGUUACCAUGUGCGCUGAUCAUGGAUCGGCGUUUUGUCCAGCCCUGCGCACCAAACUUGAAUCGGAUCCAACCAAAAGGUGCAGAAAAUGCAGUCAAACAUCAUGAUCGUAUAUGUCACGGUGA